AUGGUUUUCUCUCCUGCUCACUUACAGAUAAAAGAUGAAGACGACGGCUACAAUAAGAAUUUGUUUUGUGUCCCCAAACACUAUGAGGAUGAUCUAGAGAGAGUCUUCAUACCUCAUGGGCUCAUUCUUGAUAGGACAGAACGUUUGGCCAGAGACAUCAUGAAAGACAUGGGCAGCCAUCACAUCUUUGCUCUCUGUGUACUUAAAGGAGGGUAUAAAUUCUUUGCUGAUUUGAUGGAUCACAUAAAAGCACUAAAUCGAAACACGGAUCAAUCUGUCCCUAUCACUGUCGAUUUUGUGAGGCUAAAAAGCUACAGUAAUGAUUCAUCAAUGGGAACUGUCAGUAUCAUUGGAGAAGAGUUGACCGCCUUUAAAGGAAAGAAUGUCUUGGUAGUAGAGGACAUUAUUGAAACGGGUCAAACCAUUCAGACUCUUCUCUCCAGAAUAAAGGAGCACGAACCACAGAUGGUGAAAGUAGUAAGCCUGCUCAUUAAAAGGACUAUCCGAAGUUCAGGAUACAGACCUGACUAUAUAGGGUUUGAAAUACCAGAUAAAUUUGUAGUGGGGUAUGCUCUUGACUACAAUGAGUACUUCAGGGACCUAAAUCAUAUCUGCAUUCUGAAUGAGAAAGCUAAGGAGAAAUAUAAAGUCUGAUCGUGUCAUCAACUGGAAUAAUGGACCAGCAAAAUGGCAAGGUCACAGUGGC